CCUCGCUGAUCUUCAUCGUCUGGACCACGAAGACUUUCCAUCUUGCCACCUGCCAAUCCGACUGGCGGGAGCUCUGGAUCGACGACGCCUUCUGGAGGUUCCUCUUCUCCAUCCUCUUGCUGGUGAUCAUGUUCCUCUGGAGACCCUCGGCCAAUAAUCAAAGAUACGCCUUCAUGCCUCUGGUGGACGAAGGCAGCGAGCAGGAGGAAGAGGAAGAGGAGCAGGUGGUCAACGAAGUCUUCGGGAUGAAGAUGAGGGGUGGGAAACCGGAAGUCAACGGGAUUCUAAAAGGCAACCGAGUG